UCCCCGCCGGACCCCCCCUUCCCCGCCGACCUCUCCUGCUUCCCCCGGGACGGCGAAGACCCCGCCGCUCCCCCCGCCGGCGAUCACGGAGGCGUCCCGGCUCUUCCCGGUCCAUCCGGUGCCCGCGGUCCCAUCCCAGACAACCUUUUGGUAGCCACAGGGGACGAAGAAGCCACGGCUACCCCGGCUCUCCCCGACGGUGACCCCCCGGUACCACCGCGCCCCGUUUCUCCCUCCCUCUAUAUGUUACGGUUAACGCCCCCGCCCGGGGGGCACACCCAUCCGCCGCCGGCCGGGGCGUACAUCCAAAACGAGCACAGCUACCAGGUGGGAAGCGCCUUGCUCUGGAAACGACGCGCCGAAGCCGCCCUCGACGCUUUGGAUAAAGCUCAAAGGCAACUCCAAGCUUGUAAACGUCGGGAGCAACGGUUACGGCUUCGCGUAGGCGAGUUGCAACGGGAACGGCGGAUCCCAAUCGAGGUACGCCGAAUCCCGAAAGAAUCACUGGCGCGGACGGUGGAACCGCGGCUGCUCGGCGAUGGCGGCGAGUGA